AUGUCUUGUUGUGUGACCACAGAUUGUGUGGUCCUCCAGCAAGACCACGGGAAGGUCUUCAGCGUGUCCAGCACCAUCAGGAUCCCUGUGGAGAGGAAAGACAACGGAGCCGCCCUGAGCUGCGAGGCCGACCACCCAGCGCUGGAGGGCCCCAAGAGGAUCCGCCACUACCGCCUGGACGUUUACUUUGCACCCACGGUCAGAAUCAUUCCUCCCACUGGUAUUCUGAGAGAGGGAGACUCGCUCAGCCUGACCUGCUCGGUGACUGGGAACCCACUGCCGGUGAACAUCCAGUGGUCCAAGAUCAACGAAACUUUGCCGGAGCGAGCGGAGAUUUCGGGGCCCACGUUCCAGAUCUCACGUCUCAGCCAAUCACACAACGGCACGUACCUCUGCCAGGCUCAGAACGACUACGGGCGCGCCACUGACCACUACACUCUGCUCGUCUAUGAGAAUGUUUCCAUCACUUCUGCGGCCCCUCCCACCCCUAGCACCUCCUUACCUGCCAUCCCAACCUCCACUACCACCUUCACCACCCCUCUCCUCCCAUCACCUACCCCCAGUUUACCCCCGGAUGCACAAGAUCCCGGUGCAGUGGUGGAGACCCACAGUGCAGUACCAUAUGCGGUGAUAGGGGGCGUCCUUGCGCUGCUGGUGUUCACUAUCAUCUGUGUUCUCAUCGUAACCAUUUGGUGCUCAGUCCGGCAGAAAGGUUCCUAUCUCACCCACGAGGCCAGCGGACUGGACGAACAUGGAGAGGUGCAGGAGGCCUUCCUCAAUGGGAACGAUGCCAGCCAGGGCAAGAAGGAGUACCUGCUGUAG